AUGGCUCAGCGCCUGGUCUUAAGCAGGUCCUUGGCCCUGUUCAUGGCCAGGAAGCUGCCUAUGCGCCGUUGGGCUCCCCCUUGUGCUAGGGUCCUACAGGCUACCCCGAAAAGCACUGGUAUUCGGGAACCAAGCUUUGUCCAGCUCUUAUAUGCUACGUGCGUUCAUAAGACUACAUUCCACAUCUGGGAUGGGUUGGAUUUUCAGGAGAGGGUCCUUGACAGCAGCAUCCCAGUGGUGGUGGAUUUCUAUGCCCAGUGGUGCGGCCCCUGCAAGAUCCUGGGGCCUCGGCUGGAGAAGAUGGUAGCCAGGCAGGAGGGCAAGGUAGUGAUGGCUAAGGUGGACAUUGAUGAAAACACUGACCUGGCCGUUGACUUUGAAGUGUUGGCAGUGCCAACAGUACUUGCCAUCAAAAAUGGGGAUGUGGUGGACAAGUUGUUAGGGCUCAAGAAUGAAGAACAGAUUGAGGCCUUCCUGAAGAAGCUGAUCAACUGUUAA